UGUUUUCUCUACUUUGGUGUUUUUCCAGAAGAUCAAGUGAUCUAUGCUGACAACAUAAUGCGGUUGUGGAUGGCAGAGGGUUUCAUCAUACCAAGAGGAGAAGAAAGAAUGGAGGAUGUCGCUGAAGGCUUCUUGAAUGAGCUGAUAAGACGAAGCUUGGUUCAAGUGGUGGAUACGUUGUGGGAAAAAGUUACUAAAUGUAAGGUUCAUGAUUUACUUCGUGAUCUUGCGAUACAAAAGGCAUUGGAGGUAAGCUUCUUUGACAUUUAUGAUCCAAGAAAGAACUUGAAAUCCACUUCAUGUAUCAGACAUGCCAUUCAUAGUGAAGGAGAAAGGUACCUCUCAUCACUUGGUCUUUCUAACUCGAAGUUGAGGUCAAUUAUGUACUUUGAUCCACAUUUUUGUAUUGUGUUUCAACAUAUAGAUGUGUUCCGACAUAUAUAUGUGUUGUACUUGGAUAUUGAUUAUGGUGAAGUUAUACCUGAUGCCAUAGGGAGUUUGUACAACCUCAAGUUGUUAAGCUUGAGACGUGUCAGUAAAAUUCCCUCCUCCAUCGGCAAACUCAAGAAUCUACAGACACUUGUUGUUGUCAAUGUGGACACAUGCUUUUGCCAAUUACCCCCCGAAACAGCUGACCUAAUAAAUUUAAGACAUUUAGUUGUUCCAUAUUCUAUACCUCUGGCAGGUAUAAGCAAACUCACUAGUCUUCAAGUUCUUCGCCUUGAUUGUGAUCAGUGGAAAGAUGUUGACCCAGUUGAUUUAGUCAAUCUUCGAGAAUUAGAGAUGGGUAAUAUUGAGAAAUCUUACUCCCUAAACAACAUUAGCAGCUUGAAAAACCUUAACACUCUCAGAUUGUGUAUUUCGUUUGGUCAACAAUAUACAUAUCCAUUCCCAUCCCUUGAAUUUGUUAAUAGUUGUGAAAAGCUCCAGAAAUUGUCGUUAGGUGGGAGAUUAGAGAAACUGCCUGUGUUUCCAGAUUCCAUCACAAUGAUAGUUAUUUGGCAGUCAAGACUGACAAAAGAUCCGAUGCCUAUUUUGGGAAUGUUGCCAAACCUAAGGAAUCUCCACUUGUCCAGAGCUUAUGAAGGAGAAGAAAUAAUGUGCAGUGAUUACAGCUUCAGUCAACUAGAGUUCCUUCGUCUUUAUGGUCUUGACAACUUAGAAAGAUGGCAUUUAGGCACAAAUGCCAUGCCUCUCAUUAAAGAUCUUUCUAUCUAUAAUUGUCCAAAGCUGAAGGAGAUUCCAGAGAGAAUGAAACACGUGAAGCAUUUCAAACAUAUACGAAGUCUUAAAUGAUUAUAGGAAAGGAGAUGAAGACAUUCAAGUUGAUGAAGAUGGGUUGUCCAAGCAUCAAUCAAGUUUCCGUCACUUUACUGAUUUUGUGAUUCUAUGCAAAAAUAAGGAUUUUUUUGGUUUUUGGCUUCUUUUUUUUUUUAGUGUGUGGAAUUGGUUGGAAGAGAUUUUUUUUU